CGUUAGCUGCCUCGUCCUGACCCCGGGAGUCGUUAAUUUGUUGUUCUUCUCAUACCGGCCUGUAAUUCUGUGCUAUACUGACGCUCGUUAUUGUUGUUAUCCACUCUCGUUUCUCUCGUUCGCUUGUUCUCUUCUUUCUCUCGUUCACUAACCCUAUCCUUGUCGGGUUGUAUAUUCGAUUCCCGAGCAAUGGUUCGCCUCGUCUCCAUUGCCAUCGCAGCUCUGUCUGCUUCAUUUGUCGCUGCCGACUCUGCGCCCCAAUGUGGCAGCGGCACAAAAUGCCCGGCCGACACGCCUUGCUGUUCUCAGUACGGUGAAUGCGGUACCGGUGCCUACUGCCUCGGCGGUUGCGACCCCAUCAACUCCAACAGCUUGGACUCUUGCACCCCCGAGCCGGUCUGCAAGAGCCAGACGUUCGCCAGCUGGGAUAAUCUGGACGAUACUGCGUCCAACGACAAGUAUCUGGGCAAUGCCACCGCUACCGACUGGGUGUAUAGCGGCAAGCCUCUCGUUAACAAUGGCGAGCUGCUCCUGACCAUGGCCAAGGGCUCUGUCGGUACCCUGGUUGCCUACAACCACUAUAUCUGGUACGGAAAGGUGUCUGCCAGACUCAAGACCUCCCGCUCUGCAGGCGUUAUUACGGCCUUUAUUCUGUUGUCCGACGUGAAGGAUGAGAUCGAUUACGAGUUCGUCGGUACCGAGUUGACCACUGCCCAGACCAACUACUAUUUCCAGGGUAUUCUGGACUGGCACAACGGCAAGAACUCUACAGUCUCUGACUCGACCUUCGAUAACUACCAUACUUACGAGAUCGACUGGACCCCCGAUUCCAUCACCUGGUACAUCGAUGGCCAAUCCACGCGUGUCCUGAACAAGGCCGACACCUACAACGCUACCACUCGUCAAUUCAUGUACCCUCAAACCCCAGCCCGUCUGCAGCUGUCUCUGUGGCCCGGUGGUCUGGCGACCAACGCCCCCGGUACCAUUCAAUGGGCUGGUGGUGAAAUUAGCUGGGAUACCCCUGAUAUCAAGGACCCCGGCUACUACUACGCCACUUUCAGCUCGGUCAACAUCACUUGCUACGAUCCUCCUUCCGGUGCCAACAUCAAGGGCAAUCAAGCUUACAUCUACACUGACGCGGCUGGAACUAACAACACCGUCGAAAUUGUCAACAAAAACACUGUUCUUAGCUCCUUGGAGGGCACUGGCGUUAACAUGACUGCGGGUGCCUCUUCGUCCACCGCCAGCGGUACCAGCUCCAGCUCCAGCACCGGCAGCUCCUCAUCUACUUCUACAUCUUCUCCUAACACAGUCCCUGGUGAGGGCAACGGUGGAAGCGGCGGCCAACCCGGAGGCUCCUCAGGCAGUGGCACCAGCAGUGGCAGUGGCAGUGGUAGUGGCGGCAGCGGCUCUGGAACCUCGUCCGGGUCGUCCGCUACCUCUACUGGCUUCAGCCAGGGCGGCGACUCGGCCAAGACCGGCGCAGCCUCGGCCAACGAGCACAUGCUCCAGGGCUCAAUGUUUGCUGUUCUGGUGGCUGUUGUCGCUUUGAUUGCCAUGUAG